AAACCGAAACUAAAAGUUUGAGUUCGUCUUGUGAUAAGACUACAUUUCUGAACGCUAUAUACCAAAGCUUACAACUUCUGUCUUAUUUAUCGGUCAGUUUUAGAAACCAGGAUGUCCCACACAGUCUUACCCAUGAACUCUUCAACACUCGUCAUCCAGUUUCAACCAGUAACACAAACAGCUCCGGUGACGACGGAGACAAAUGCUCCUGCGCCUGUUUAUGUACAACAGAUGACGGGAGCUUCAUCUCUUCAUGGACUUCAGGCAUUUCUGAAAGGACAACCGAAAGCCCUUGGGACGGUCCAGAUUAUGAUCGGUUUGCUGACUCUGCUGUUUGGCAUUGUGGCUAAAGUUUACACUGAUCCCAUCUUCGUCUAUGCUGGUAUUCCUUUCUGGGGAUCUCUCAUUUACAUUAUCUCAGGCUCACUCUGCAUUGCUGCCGAGAACAAAAUUAAUUCACCCUCCAGUUUGUGUUUGGUGAGGGCUUCACUGGGAAUUAAUAUUUUCAGUACUAUCACCGCAGGCAUUGCCAUUAUUUUUCUUUCAAUGGAUUUGGUUUUAGGUCCAUACACAUACUGCUGGGCUCAUUUCUGUGAUCAUUUAACAAGUAAUUAUGAGACUGUCUUCAGAGGAAUCAGAAUUGUGUUACUAUUAUUCGCAGUGCUUGAGUUUAUCAUCUCCAUCUGUUUGUCAGCAUUUGCCUGUAAAGCCAACAGCUACAGUUCUUCUCUGAUACCUGUGACCAGCAGCUCUUCCAUUCAUCACCAUCCUGCAGACGCGCCGCCAGAAUACACUGAAUGCAAUCAAUAUGAAUAAGUGGACAGUAUUCCUUUAUAAAAACAAAAAACAUGGGAAUUUCCAUACAUAGAAACUAUACUGCAGUAUAUUCAUGGGCCAUAUAUGGCUAUAUA